AUGAUAAAAAAGGAUGGUUCUUCUGAUUCCAUACUGUGGGAAAUGACCCCAACGCCAUUGGUGGAAGCUUUCCAUACAGCCAUGUGGUUUCUCCUGCAAUACUAUAGAAAUGUGGUGCACAUGAGAGAUCUACUCACAUGGCGUAGGCUCUUGAUGAUACCAGAAACUACAAUCUCUGGUAAACUGACUCCAGCUGGUUAUGCAGAGGAAUUGGAAUUAUUGUUGCGCCUUUCUUUGCGAACAGCCACUUGGAUAAGAGUGCGGCAAAUAGAGGAGAAGUAUGCGGAGUACAUGCACGUUAGACCCGCACUCUCUCGGCUUACAAGACAUUCUUCUUCUUCUUAUACUACUAAUACUAAUAUUACUAAUAUUACUAAUAUUGAAGAAAAAAAUGAGGGACGAGAGGAAGAAGAGGAAGAAGAAGUGCUGUUGGGCGUUUUCAAUGGAAUAUAUAUUGCCAAGUCUCUCUCUUCAGCUGAUAAGACGACUACUACUAGAGAGAUCCUGCGAACGGCGAGAGUGAGUGAAUUGCGGCAACUCGUCCAGUUACAAUCAUUGCCGAGGCGGAAGCCGCAAUCUCCGUUUAUAAAUAACUUGAGAAACGAGGAAGAAGUCCAUCAGAAUGAUAAUGAUAAUAAUAAUGAUUUCCUAGAAAUGGAUUCAUCUGUAGCUGGUAGAACUUCUUCUUCUGUAGGGCGAAGUUCCUCUGCAAUACCAUCACGAAAAGAGGAAUUAAUUGAUCGUAUUCUCUUAAUAAAGUGUCAUGAAUCCACAUUUGCGGAAGCAUGGGAUACUCUCAUUGGUCCUAUUUGUAAAGUUAAUCAAUCAUUUAAAGCCAGUGUAGAGAAAUUCUGUGAAAUGCUCCAUGUAAUGAUAUCUCCUUGUGGAAUUGGUGGUCUCAUUUCAGGAAUGAAUGCCUUUUCUCUGAUUUAUCCACCUUCUAUCUCUCUUUUCUUCUUGGCGCCUAAAUUAAUCGCACGACGACGAGAAGAAGAAGAAGAAAUUGAAGUUGAUGUUGAUGUUGUUGUUGGUGGUAGUAGUAGUAUACACACAUCGUCUGUGCCACCGUGGUGGACGCGAAGUGUAAAUACUGAAGAGUUGUAUACAUUCUCUGUGCCACUUUGUUUAUUUUCCUCUUCUGAAACCCUUGAAAGUUACUUGCAGGCCUUGCGUGUACAUCACAAAUUACUCCAAGCGAAUGAAGGGAGGACGUGGAGGCGUUGGAAUAUGAAUUUUAUCAUGACCCUUCACAAUAAUAUAGAAGCUGGAAUCUUUCAAUUACAACAACAAGAAUUACAAGAUCAUAAGCAGCAGAAAAAUCUGCGAUUAUCGUCGAAUGAUAUUACAAAUCAAAGAGGAGAAAUAUUACAGAAAAAGAAUCCUCUCAAAGAUUCAUUUUAUGUGGAUGAGAAACUAAGUUAUAAUAUGCCUACAGUGGAAAGUCUACUUCAACAAGGUGGAUUAUUAUAUGAACAUCUUCUUCCUUUUCUUCCUAAACAUGCCUGGUUUGCUUGUGCAGAGCUCUUGAUAGAAGUAUUGCAAUAUAAUAAAAAGUGGGAUUUGGCGAAUAAGUGGCUCUGGCGAUUAUUAAAUGAACCUGUUCAUGCUGUGAUCUCACCAUGUGGAUCAGUGAACUUACCCUUCUAUUAUCGUUUCCAGAAACGUGGAGAGUGGUGGCAUCGAAUGGCUCAAAAUCUUCAGCAUUUGGGUAAUAAAAAGGAAGCAUUAGAACUUCUUAUAUCGCAACAGAAAGACUGGCGGGAACAGGAAACGGCAAAAAAUUAUUUUAAGAUGGAAAAACCAGAAAGUCUUCCUGUUUCUAUACAACGACGUGCCCGUAUCCUACGUGCACUCUUUCCACCUAUGAAAACAACGAAUGAGGAGAAAUCUUCACAGCAGAAAAAUCUGGCAUUAUAUAAUGCGAUUGGUGAAUAUCAUCGAUUACAUUUUUGUCGACGGUCAGAUCGUAUUGCCAUUGAGGGAAUGUUAGCGAAUCUACACAAAUCGCUACGUCGUUGGACUCCCUUUCCUUCUUCUUAUAUGAGUUUUACCAAACACUUACUGAGAGCGAAGGAGAUCACAAUACAUGCUUCCCGAGAUCCAGUCCAUCAUACACUUUGGAGUAAUCCACAUCAUACAUGGGACGCUUGUCAAGUAGAGGAAUAUGUACUCCGUUGGUUUGGGGCCACCAGACAUUCUUCAUUUCACUCAUUGAAGAAUGAGGAUAAGAAGAAGAUGAUGAAUAAAGAUAAUGAGAGUUGGAUUGGAAUUCAUUGUGAGGGACGUUGGAUUGAGUGUUUAGCACGUCUCCUCUUUCAGGAUGCUUAUUUUUUAAAUCCUGAUACUGAAGAAGAUAAGGAGAUCUCUGGAUCACCACAGUUUGUUUGGCUCUCUCAAAUACAGAAUGAACCACUGGAUCUCAGUACGUCUAUUAGUUUUGUUUGUCGGCGUCAGAAAAUCAUAGAAGAGCGAUUAAAGUUUUUUGAACAGUGUCCUCGAGACACACUUAUUGAAUACGUUAAACAGUCAUGUCGAUAUAGUAGGGAUCCACCAGUUCCUGCAAAUCGCAUAGAUAAUACAGUAAAUACUCCCAAGGAAUCAUUUCAUGAGAAUAUAGAUGAGAAUGAGAAUGAGGAGGAAGUAAGUUUACUGGGGAGUGAAGAUGAUGAAAAUACAAUACUUCCUGGUCAGUUAACACAACAGAAAGAUGAUGAGGAGGAUCAACAAGAAGAAAAAGAAAAAGAAAAGAAGAAGGGAUCAUCUUUUUCCUUCUUUCCCUCUUCCUCUGUGGGACAUCGGGUAGAUAUUGGGGAUUUCCCUUUAUUAAGUCUAUUACAAUCCAUCCCACAAGGUCCUUUAUGUGCUCUCCUCCGCUGUAUUUAUCUCUCCCCAUCGGAGAGUGGUUACAAUAUCUCUUUCUCUGGUUUUCCAGAUCUCGUCUUGUGGCGCGAAACCCCAUCUCUGUUCAGUGAGACUAAUUUUAAAUUAGUGGAGGUGAAGGGCCCAAACGACACAUUAAGUACUAAGCAGAUUGCCGUUAUUGAUACAUUGUGUAGAUGUGGAUUUGAUGUCUCUGUCGCUCGUGUUGUAGACAUGAAUGAAGGAAUGGAAAAUAAAGGUAGACGUAGUGGUAAUCAAGUUUCCCCGGAUACUGUGGAUGAUGUUAUCUUGUUAGAUGCUGAACCACACACACCCAGGGUGUGA